GAGCACUGGUGUGGGGGUUGCCCCCCCGGGGUCUUACAGUGGCUAAAAAUGCUACAGUGUGGCAGUGACUCUUUCUGACUCUCUGGAAACAACUGAAAAUUUCCCUCGCCCCACCAAGAGUGCAAAGUUGGACUUGAGAACGAAGCCCCCGGAUCGAGCAGAACUCAACAACGGGAUGGCAAAUCCCUGCAAAGCGGGCUUGGACAAGUUCCAAGAAUGGCUCUGGCCCAUCCUGGCCCUGCAGUUUGUCUUGGCCAUUGCCGGGAACGGCUUUGCCAUCUACCGCUUUGUGGCCCACGAACGCUCCCCUUGGCACUCGGGCAUCAUCUACGCCUUCAACCUGGCCGUCAGCGACCUGCUGUACGCCAUCUCUCUGCUGCCCCUGGCCAUUUAUUACUACCCAGAAAAGGACUGGCGCUACGGCCUCGUCUUUUGCAAGCUGGACCGCUUCGUCUUCUUCUGCAACCUUUACGGCAGCACGUUCUUCGUCGCCUGCAUCAGCCUGAACCGCUACGUCGCCAUCGUCCACCCCUUCUUUGCCCACGGACGCCUGGAACCCCGCCACGCCACAGCGCUCAGUGGGGCCGUGUGGUUGCUGGUGGCGGCCAUUUCCGCACCGGUGCUCAGCUUUUCAACCACAGAGUUUAAAAACGGCACCGUCGCAAACAGUCCCAAUCGAACCGAGUGCUUCGGAAGUGCCUCCGACGGGAACCUGCCCCAGUACUGGCCCUACAGUCUGUUCCUGUUGGUUUUUGGCUGCCUGUUGCCCUUCCUCUUGACUGCCGUAUCCUGCGGGGCCAUCCUCCACACCGUCCUCCGCAACCAGAACAUCACGACGGCCGAAAAGAGCAAAGUGAAAGCGCUCGUUUGCGCGGUGGUGGCUCUCUACGCCCUGUCCUACCUGCCUUUCCACAUCCUACGCAACCUGAAUCUCCGGAUGCGCAUGGUGGACAGCAAGGACUGCAGCGUGAGACGCCUGAUCUACAUCCUCUACCAGCUAGCAAAGAUCAUGGUCCACUUCCACAUCUGCAUCCACCCACUGAUCUACGCUGCCCUGGCUGACAACCUGCAGGAAUAUUGCUGCAGAGGCUCCAGGCGGAGGAGAGAUACGGGAGAGAAGGGCGUGCCGCUGAGGUUGUGCGACCAGGCCCCUCCGGGAGAGCCCCAGAGCCAGGGGUGAUGCAAUCUUGUGGGUUGCACAGGGGUUAACUCUUUGCUGCUCACAAUACCUGUA